AUGCGCCUCCUCUUUUGGCCCCUCGCGCUCUUCGCCGUCGCUGCCGCACAGAGCUCGGCGCCGGCUUCGUCCGCCGCGCCGGCUAGCACCCCGGCCGCCGGCGACGACGGCUUUACCGCACCUCCCGAGCAGGACAUGACCCUCCCCUGGAACAUCACCUACUUCAUCGUCCCGACACGCAACAACUACUGGGUCAACGACGCGGUGAACUCGGCCAAGUGGACGCCCGUCAACGUCGCGACGAACCUCAUGCUUUCGAACUCGAACGCGAGUAUUGCCGGCCAGCGCGUGGUCCUCGCCCAGAACAUCGCGCCCGGCACAAGCACCUGGACAGGCAAGAUCCAGGGCUACAACCCCGGCAACAACUACAUGCUCCAGCUCACGGCCGCCGGCAACCCCGACCAGAAGUUCGCCCAGUCCCAGGGCUUCUGGAUCAAGCCGAACGGCACCGCGAUGCCGCAGCAGGUCGCGGGCGUGCCGCCCUCCACGCCCAUCGACCCCGCCAACCCCGGCGCCCCCGUCCCCAACGCCGACGGCAGCAUGCCCACUGACGCCCCGGUGCCGGGCGCCGCGCCGUCGGCGCCAUACGUCCCCGGCCUUACGUCCGCUGCGUCCGCCCUCUCGGCGGCCGGCGCGCUCGUCCUCGCCGCCGCAGGGCUCAGCAUCUGGCUGUGA